GACUGCGCGGCGCCGGACUACAAGUCCCACAAUGCUCCGGGCCGCGGCGGCGGGGAAGGAGGGAAGCUUCAGGUGUCUGCGACCUCGGCGCCUCCCGCCCGGAAGUGCCUGAGGGGCCGGGAUGGAGCUGGCGGAGCCGGGCGCUCCGUAGCGUGGCGGGCAAGGCGGGUGCCAUGGCCCUGAUUGAAGGGGUGGGUGAUGAGGUGACCAUCCUUUUCUCGGUGCUUGCCUGCCUCCUGGUGCUGGCCCUCGCCUGGGUCUCAACACACACCGCUGAGGGCGCCGACCCACUGCCCCAGUCAUCGGGGACCCCAACGCCAGCGCAGCCCAGUGAAGCCAGGCCAGCCACUGACAGCAUCAGAGGGGAGGCGCCAGGAGCAGAGACCCCCAGCCUGAGACACAGAGGCCACGCCGCACAGCCAGAGCCAGCCUCAGGGCUCGCAGCCACACCACCACCCCCGGACUCCCCACAGGAGCCCCUCGUGCUCCGUUUGAAAUUCCUCAAUGAUUCAGAGCAGGUGGCCAGGGCCUGGCCCCACGACACCAUUGGCUCCUUGAAAAGGACCCAGUUUCCCGGCCGGGAGCAGCAGGUGCGGCUCAUCUACCAGGGACAGCUCCUAGGAGACGACUCCCAGACGCUGGGCAGCCUUCACCUCCCUCCCAACUGCGUUCUCCACUGCCAUGUGUCCACCAGGGCGGGUCCCCCCCAUCCCCCCUGCCCACCGGGGUCCGAGCCAGGCCCCUCCGGGCUGGAAAUAGGCAGCCUGCUGCUGCCGCUGCUGCUCCUGAUGCUGCUGCUGCUCUGGUACUGCCAGAUCCAGUACCGGCCCUUUUUCCCCCUGACCGCCACCCUGGGCCUGGCCGGCUUCACCUUGCUCCUCAGUCUCCUGGCCUUCGCCAUGUACCGCCCGUAGUGCCUCCGCGGGCUCUCGGCACUGUCGCUGGCCCUUCUGGACCUUGCUCCCCGCGGCGAGCUGGGAGCUGCUGUCUGCCCAGGCCAGCCUCUCCGACCUGCCUCUUCCCACUCCCCUGGAGCCCAGCCCUGCGCCGCAGAGGACUCCAGGGGCUGCCAGAGGCUCCUCCCUGCGACCUCCAUGGCUCUGGGCCACCUGGGGCUGCUGGCCCUCGGCCCCCACUGACAGUCAGCUCCUCGGGGUCAGGCACCUGCUGUCGCUGCCUUGGCCCCGGGCAGAGUGGGGCCACCCCCCUGGGCCCGUCUUAGUGUCCUGCCUGAGCACCUCGGGCUGCCUUGGGGCCCCGGGAGUGUGGAUGAGGGGAAAAGGGAGCUGCGGGGUGCGGAGUUCUCUGGAACAUGUGCAGAUUAAAGUGACUGUGAAGUUUUCA